CGACGUGUGACCACUGUCGAGAGAGGAGUCUGUGUUGCAUCCUGUGUCCGCCCGACUCUCUUUUUUUGUAUUAAACCCCUUUUUGAAUUCGAAUCUCUCCGCUGCGUCCUCUUCUGCCGCGAUUCCGCACCAAAAGACAAACAUGAUGAGAUUCUGGCGCAUGGUUGUGGCGACAAUGCUGGUGGUGGCAGUCGCGGUGGCAGUGGUGGCAGCAGAGGAAGGCGAACCUCAACUUCCCGUGGCAGCACAGGAAGCCGGAACCGAAGACGCGGCCGAGAAUUCGGACACCACUGACACUCCAACUGCUGAUGACCAGGCGGCGCAAGACGAGGCCGUGACCUCUCAAACGACAGAAGAUGCUGAGGCUGACGCCGACGAAGGUGAAGAAAGCGAAGCGGCCAAGGAAAGUCCGAACCCCGACGUCGCCGCUGAGCCUGAAGACUCUGGCGACGACGACGACGGCGGCGAUGGCGACGAGGCAGGCAACAACGGGGACUCCCUCGCCGUUCACCUGCCGGCUCUCCUCGCCUCCACUGUCUUCGCUCUCAAGUUCGCCCACUGAGAGAAGAGAGGAGACACAGCAACGUGAAAGGAGAAGAUAAAGGAGAGGGACGGCGAGGACGAUGAGAGGAAGAGGGCGAGGGCGAGGAGGAGGAGGAGGAGAGAUGGCAAGAGUGACAGGAAAAGGAGGAAAAGGAGCGACGCCAAGAAUGAGAAGAGGAGGAGGAGGAGGAGAAGGAAAAGUGACGAGAAGGAUGAAAGGAAGAAGCGAAAAAGGAGGAGGAGGAGGAGGAGGAGGAGAAGGAGGGAGAGAUAGCAACAGAGACUGACAGAGUUCUGUGUUUUCUUCUACGUUCUUCUUCUACAACGUCACCGCCGCCUUCGUCCUCCUCUUCUCCUGGUCUCGUCUCGUUCUUUGUCUUUCUUGCUCUUCUCGUUUUCCUUUCCCUCUCUUCGUUUAAUCUCAAAGCUCCCGUAUUUCCCCAUUCUCUCCCUUGCCCAAGCCCUCCCAUUUCUCUUCCUCCCUUGCCCUUCCUCCUCUUUCUAAUUCUUCUAUUCCCUCCUCCCUUCUUUCCUCACUUCCCCCCUUCCUUCUCCUCCUCCUCCUCCUCCUCCUUCUCCUCCUCCUCCUCGCCCCCCUUCUUCUUGGUCCCCCAUACCCAUCUUUAUCAUCGCUCCUUCGUUCGUCCCUUUAUCAGCCUCCUUGCUUCACCUCCAACAGACCACCACAAACAGCUGUCCAACGAAGAAGAGGGGAAAGAGAGGACAGGAGAAGAAGACCCACUUACACACCUGUUGGAAGUGAUGCCAUAAAAGCGAACAAAAGAGAAAAAAAAAGGAACAAAAAAAAAAUAUUUUUGUUUUUGUCUUUGUUUUAACGUAUUUCCCUGGCUCUGAGGAGUUCCUAUGAGAGAGAAAAGAGCAGAAGAAACAGGAGGAAAAUACCAGAAAGAAGUAGUAUUGGGUGAUGAAUAAAUGGAGUAAAUAAAGACGAGAGCAGAAAAUUGAAAACAAAUAUGAAACCAAAAACUUCGGACUUUUCCCCAUCUCUCUCUCUCUCUCUCUCUCUCUCUCUCUCUCUCUCUCUCUCUCUCUCUCUCUAUAUAUAUAUAUAUAUAUAUAUAUAUAUAUAUAUAUAUAUAUAUAUAUAUAUAUGUAUAUAUAUAUAUAUAUAUAUAUAUAUAUAUAUAUAUAUAUAUAUAUAUAUAUAUAUAUAUAUAUAUAUAUAUAUACACAUGUAUGUCUAUGCUUAUGUAUACAUGAUGUAUGCAUAUAUAUCCUUUGCUUUCCAAACUUUUCCUCAAAAGGAUUUCAAUUCCCUCCUACAGAACAGGUGUAAAAAGACUCACUAUGUAUUUCUCAACAUAUCAAAGCCAGGGAGAUUAUCAAGUGAUUAGCAGAGACAGUCUGCUAAUACUGUUACGACUGAGUCCAUCUUUGAUUACAUUUAUUUAAUUAGAUUUUUUUUUAUUUUCCUCGUCUUUCUAUCUAUCGCAUUUUUCCUCUUCAUUUUAUUCUUCGUCCUUCUUCUGUUUCUAAUUCCUCUUUAUCUUAUUCUUCCUCCUUUAUUCCCAAUUCCUUCCCUGCCACUUCUUAAUGUUCUUUGUCUCCUUCUUCCUUUAUUUCAGACAUUUAUCCCCUUCUCCUGUACACACCUACCCUUUGCUGUGAUAAAACGAGAAAAUAUUUGAAAAAAAAAAGACAAUUUUUUUUUUUGUUUUUGUGUUUUUGUUCUUAACUUUACCACUCGUAAUAGAUUGAACCAGUGAAUAAAAUAAUACAAAAAGA